CAAUCCUGCCUCGUACAGCGUGGAGGACUUGACUCUGAUUUACCUCGGCGUCCAAUCGUAUAUUGCUGAACAGCGUGGGCGCCAGGACAAGCGUGGAAACAUGCUUGGUGAGUUAGAACGCGUCCUCUCUCUCUCUUCAGCGAGCCUUGCUGAUGAUUGCGCAGUCCAUAUCGUCGCGGACAACAGCACCAAGCGAGCGGCCAACCACCACCGCCACUCGACCAAAGCAAUUACGUUCCACAACGAAGAGGCCGGCGAUGUCGUUAGCUGGCUGACGCGCAGCACAGCCGCGACGGGCGGCAAGUGCAUCAUCGCCUCGGCUUAUACGGUUUACAACGUCCUGACGGCUACAAGACCCGACGUGAUCCGUACACUGGCCCGGUCUGAUUGGCCCUUUGCUCUGCCUCGCUUUCAAUGCCGUCCGGUCAUAUUUUACCAAGACUCGAAGCUCAUUAUGAACUUUGGUCGCGCUGCUCUCAUGGGGAGCGAAGCGCAUCCUCGACCCCGGAACCUGCCAUCCUUGUCGGCGCGUCAGAUCGAGGCCUUGGAUGCCAUCGAAGCGAUUGCCCGAGCCACUCAGUUGGAGAUCCAAACGCAGGCAGGAGAUAUGCAUUUCAUCAACAACCUGGCUAUCCUGCACCGCCGCGAGGGUUUUGCUAACGGGCAGGCACCCACGGAGAAACGCCACCUGGUGCGCAUGCGCCUCCGCAGCGCCGAGAAGGGAUGGCCGAUCCCCCGCGAGCUUGAGACAGAGUGGGAUGCGGCCUUCAGGAAGCACGGAGUCAAGCACUGGCACGUGGAGCCCAUGCCGUCGUACUUUUUCCCCAUGCGCAACCAGCCCAACUAAGAUUACGGAAGACAAUUCCUUCCCGGCGCUUGUACCUUGUUUUCGCCCUUUUGUCGUUGCAUUCGAGGCGUUAUCAUGUAAGGCUGGGCAUGGCAUCUGAUUCGGCAUUCGGCAUCGGUUCUGCUUAAUCAUGGUUUUCUGGUGCGGAAAUGUUUACAAUUUGGGUCAUAAAAGGGGGUAUGCCGACAGACUGUAUCCACAUGGUUAAUUGAUUUUGGAAGAAAGGAAAUUUUGUUCUCCAUUUGUGUUUUUUUCUUCCUUUCCCCUUUAGAAUGGUGUUUUUUUUUGGCUUUUAC